AUGUUCCACUCUGGCUUUGCCACCCGCGUCACCUUCCCAAUAUUAGCUGCAUUUCCCUUCAGUGCUGUCGACCAUGCCAAUGUCGGUCCUCCCGUGAUCAACAGCGACAAUUACAUCAAAUGGAAAACUGCGAUCCUGCAUGCUGCGAGACUUUACCCUGUGAUCCAGAACCCUUACAGUCGCUCUGUACUGGCGACAUUCAACCUCUAUCGCGAUCCCAAAGUUGAGGCUGUCACAAUGAAUCCGCCCAUGAUCCCGACACCUGGCACAGCGGCCUCCCGACUACCUCGUUCCUCGCAUUACCCACCCUCUGCUGAUAACACUAGCUACGGCCCAAUGAGCGGCGGUCGGGCCCCAGGGACUGGUCCGGUACCCGUCGCCGAGGCUACGCCAGCCAUCACGACCCGCUUAGAAUCCCCCGCUGAUGAUGCUGCUGGCAAACCCUCCAAGUCCUCCAAACGCAAAAAGAACCGCAAUCGCAAGCGUCGCAAUCGACACCAGUCUUUCAUUCCACCUAGUGGGGAGGAAUCUCAAGAUAGUCCCAAGGAGACUUCGGAUGCUGGAGGUGUCAGAGAUUCCAUGGAUGCCGAUCGGCCAACCUCGAAGGACAAGUCGUUCUUCAAAUUGGGGCGCAAUCUGAGUAACACAAGCUUGGAGAGCGAUGCGCUAUUAGAUCAUCGUGAUGAAGAGGAUGCCAAUGAUCGGACACCAUUGAUGCGGCCAGAUUCAGGCCACACGCCAGGCCAUAAUCGGUAUGGUACAGACAAUCACCCGGGUUACUUCUCAUCGCGUGCUCGACAGUCCUCCACUCAAACUGUGUCCUCGGGAUGUUCGCCAAAGGACGAUCGCAGCCCACUUUAUUCUCCCACUGCAGAGCGAGACUACGAUGUUAACAACCCGCCAUCGAUUCCCGGGUCUCCAAAGCUGGGACCGGAGAUGAAUUAUGACGAUGCUGUGGUAACGGGAGCAGAUUGGGACUUCUCAAUGGCCCGGUCAUUGGAGAAUCGCAAGGACUCUUUGAAUGCCCUCAACGACACGCUGAUCGACAUAGACGGAAAUCAAUUGCACCCGCAUUCAGCACCAUCCUCUUCACCUGGAUCGCCGCUGCUCUCUCCACACCAAGAAUUGCGGCGACGCCGGACCGUGGCAGUACCAGCACAGGAAGACGUAUGCUUCCCAACCGAGACGAUAUCUGAACUGGGAGACGAGGGACCAAGGCAAAUGCGAGAUGAAACCGGUGAGCGUCGACGGCGUAGACAUCGGCGAUGGCCCGAUCUCUCCGCGCUGGAAGAAUGGAGCCGUGAGGAGAAAGGGGAGCGCAAUGGAGACAUUCGAGUCAAAAGGAUCAGUGAACCUAUGCUCAUCGAAGGCCGGCUGCGCCCUCAGUAUACAGGUUGGCGACGUGAAGAGGAUGAGGCGCCAUAUCGGUUCACAUAUUUCAACGAGGAAUUCCCGAGCACUGUCCAUGCUCAAACCAUCUCCGAGCUGGUACAACCGGGUGGUAGCUUCCGCGAUUUGUUUAUUCCAACCCCUCCCGAAUUGGAGGAUUCCUCAGAAGGUGAGGACGAGGAAGAGGAAUCCUUCGUUGAAAACACAGCUUUCAAUAACCUAGCCCAUCCCGCCAGCAAGCCAACACUUCAAACGGACAACCAAAGUCAAGGGCAAGGCCAUCAAGCGAGCGUCAAUCCUCACAUGACGCCUCAAACUGUUGUUCCCAAUGGAAGGUCUACAAGUGACCUUAUCGCUGGCAUUGCUCCUCCUAUCAGAGGACUCUCGCGCUUAUCUGCCAUUAGCGAAGUUCGCCCAGAUUCCCACCGAGAGCCCUCGCCCGCACCUUCAAACACCCCGUUUAGUAGCACCCCUAACCCAAAACCUAAACGGUACGGUCCGCGGCCGACUUUCUGGCUAGAUGUUCUCUCUCCAACAGAUGCAGAGAUGCGUACGAUUGCCAAAGCGUUCGGGAUUCACGCGUUGACCGCAGAGGACAUUAUGAUGCAGGAAGCUCGAGAGAAAGUCGAGUUGUUCCGCAGCUACUACUUUGUCAACUACCGCACUUUUGAGCAGGAUACCAACAGCGAGGACUAUCUUGAGCCAGUGAACAUGUAUGUGGUAGUUUUCCGCGAAGGUGUGAUAUCCUUCCAUUUCUCGCAAACACCUCACCCGGCCAAUGUGCGGCGGCGUAUCCGCCAACUGAUGGAUUACCUGAUCCUCAGCUCGGACUGGAUUUCAUACGCACUGAUUGAUGACAUUACCGACGUCUUCGGCCCGCUGAUCCAAGCGAUUGAAGAUGAGGUCGAUGAAAUCGACGAAAUGAUCAUGCAGAUGCACUCCUCCAGCAAGGAGGUUUCGUCCAAUGACAGCGUGCUCCCUUCGUUCGCACCAGGAGAGAUGCUCCGGCGAGUGGGAGAAUGCCGCAAAAAGGUCAUGGGACUGUAUCGACUUCUCAGCAACAAGGCCGAUGUAGUCAAGGGCUUUGCCAAGCGUUGCAAUGAGCAGUGGGAGGUUGCACCCAAGUCAGAGAUUGGUCUGUAUUUAGGUGACAUUCAGGAUCACAUUAUGACGAUGACGGGUAACUUAACGCACUACGAAACAAUCCUUUCCCGCGCACACUCCAACUAUCUCGCGCAGAUCAAUAUCCUCAUGAACGAGCGUCAGGAACAUACUGCCGAUGUACUGGGUAAGCUGACUGUUCUUGGUACCAUUGUUCUACCGAUGAACAUCAUCUGCGGCAUGUGGGGGAUGAAUGUCAAGGUACCGGGUCAGGAAAUCGAUAGCCUGACGUGGUUCUGGUGCAGUAUGUACUCCCAUUUUGCUUCCCGGGUUCUUUACUGA